CUGCAGCAGAAUGGAACCAUAGAGACUCUCAUCCAGCCAUUAUGUAGAGAACUAGAGACUUUGUAACACUCACAUUUGAAAAAGAUAUCUCCAUAAGAAACAUCCCCUAUGGGCUCCAGGAUUUUGGAGAAAGAAGAGGAAGAAAUAGUGCAAGAGAAAGAAGAAAUAGAAGACAGCAGGAAAAUAAGGAACCCACUGGUUAAUAGAGAUUGUCUGUUUGAUUCAGUCCAAGGGUGAUCCCACAUUUACCAAAUCUUUGCCUCUCGCUGAGCGUUCACCAUGGAUAGAAAUGAAUGAAUCGAGUAAAACACUAAGAAACAAGGAGGGACCACGUCUCAUCACGUCCCAUCUACCUGUCCAACUCUUCCCCAUGUCUUUCUUCAGUUCCAAGGCCAAGGUGAUUUAUCUCAUCAGAAAUCCCAGAGAUGUUCUAGUGUCAGGCUAUCACUUUUGGCGUGCCACAACAUAUAUUAAGAGACCAGAAUCACUGGAAGAAUACUUUGAAAAUUUCCUUCAAGGGAAAGUGCCAUUUGGAUCAUGGUUUGAGCACAUUCGUGGAUGGAUGUCCCAGAGAGAGAGAGAUAACUUCCUGUUGUUGAGUUAUGAAGAACUGAAAAAGGACACAAGAAACGCCAUCAAAGAUAUCUGUGAAUUCCUAGGAGAGACGUUGAAACCAGAGGAACUAGAGUUAGUAUUGAAGAACAGCUCCUUCGAUGUCAUGAAAGAACACAGGAGAGAUAAGGACAGCUUUCUAAGUAAAAAUGAAACACAUUUCUUAAUGAUGAGAAAAGGCAUCACUGGAGACUGGAAAUGUCACUUCACUGUAGCCCAAGCUGAAGAGUUCCAUAAAAUAUUCCAGGAGAAGAUGGCAGAUUUUCCAAAAGAGCUGUUCCCAUGGGAAUAAUGUUAAGAACUCUCCAAAUUUUGUAGAGAUAUUUUAUAUGUUUUGUUGUCUUUCAACUUGUGUAUGGCUUAGGAUCAUAGCAUAAAACCUACUGUUUCAUCCAGAUCCAUUAAUUAUCAAAUCUUGAGUUGGUGAGAUGGCUCAGUAGGUAAAGGCAUGCUGACCAAUUCUGUGUACAUAAAUUCAAUCUUGACAGCAACAUGAUUGGAGAGAACCAACAAGAUGAAGUGGUCCUCUAAUUUCGGUAGAUACACUAAGAUGGCACUCCCUACAAAAUAAAUAAAUUAAUGUAAACUUAAAAUAUUAUUGGUAUUUCAAUAAUGAUGAAAGAAUGAUACAAUUAUUAGUCCUAAUUGCUUCAAAAAAUUAGACAAGAAAUAAAAUAGAGAGGAAAUGAAGGUGUUUUUCUACUCAUUCACACAUGAUUUUACAACGUUUGUUGAAUGCUCUUCUGAGGGACGUAAGUCUCUCAGUUACUUUUAUUCUCUUACUCUGUGAUUUUUGAGAUCAGCAUGCAUUUUGACAGAGAAUUGGCAGAGACAAUCCAUGCACUCCUGUUGGUAGAGAUCCAGGAGGAUCAAUGGGGAUGACCCUGUCUUCCUACAGAGGGGACACGUUUGUACUCCAUAUUGAGAAAAGGAUUUGGCACAUGCAACUUAACAGCUUCCCAUGUGCACACCAGUAGUGAGUUGUAUGAGGCUUACACUUUAGUUUUUGAGUAGAGUAUUCAGGGGCAAAAGUAUUGGGGGACCAGUAGGAGAUGUGGCCAUCUUGGAAAAGAAGUCACUGGCUGUUGGCUUAAUGUUUUAAAAGGCUAGUGUCAAUAAGUUUCCUCGCUCUCUGACUUGUUGUUGGAUAUGAAGACAUGAGCUCUCAACUGUCCCUACUGUCUUUCAUCAGUUUUUCUAACACUUGUUACAUCAGCCAAAUUAUAUCCUCUCUUAUAUAACUUGCUUGGUCAUGCUGUUUUACCUCAGCAAUAAAGAUUAACUGAAAAAAUUACCCAGUUACAGAAUCAAUGUAAAUUUGUGGCAGAUAAAUAGAAAAAUAAAAUACAAUAUUUUUAUCUAUCUA